AUGAGCUACAUGCUCCCGCCCUCCGCCUAUCCGAGGCUAGAUCCACCCCUGUUGACCCGCCUACCUCGUCCACCUCGCGUCGCCAACCCGUCCGCACAGCCGGCCUCGACACGGUUCGCAGAUACGCUGUAUCCGACAUUACAGGUGCGUCGAUGCAGGACGAUGAACUGGGCUGGACCAAAUUGAACUCAUGAACACUUCGAGGCCCAAAGGAUGAGCUGGACCAACUCGACUACCUCGAGGAACAGCACCUCUCCUCCGUGCGUCCGAACCCGAUGCCUUGACGCUCAACUCGUUGGCGCUCGCUCAUUCGGUCGGCUGUCUCCUCCACACGCAGAUGCACGAGAUCAGAGCCUUUGGUUUCAGUUGGCUCGUACCGUUGGGACGUCAAAACACACAGGAAGAAGAUCUCGAGGUAUGUCCUCCACCUCCUCGGCACUCCUCGGCAUAGAAAUCAAAAACUUCACCAUCCUAAGAAACGAGGCUAACCCCUUCCUCGCAUGUUUCAGUCAACCUAUUCCAACUCCCCACCCCCAGGCUCACCCCCUCUCAUCUCGGACACCGACGGCGCCCUCGCGACGGGUGCCCAGAUCGACGAGGCUAUGGCCGAAGUCGCCGAAGUCGACCUCGACGCCGAAAUCGAGGACGCCGACCAACCCGCUUCUUCAGUAUCCGAAGAUGAUGUCGAGGAUGAAGAAGCUGGCGCGAAUGCGGAUCUCGAAUCGAGGAGGCAAGGUGGAGAAAAUCAAGGUGCGAGUCCUGCCCGUUCGGGCUCGCCGGGGUUGGAUAGUCCUUUCGCUUCGGGUCCGGAUGUCAGUACCGAUGCGGGGGAAGGAGAGGGGGAUUUAAGUGAGGUCAGCAUGGAUAUCUAA